AUGCCUUUUCGUGAAAUCCAGAAAAACGUGGUUCCCUCGAACAAGGCCAAGGCAGGCCCCCGGCCCAUCACCUCCGCUGCCUUGGCGGCGGAGUCACAGCUGCAAGCGGUGCGGCUGCUGGACGAUGGCCGACACUUUGCCGUGGCCGAGGCGGAGGCUGUGCACUUUUGGAGUUAUGCCGGUCGCCGUGGCACCUUUCAGCAGGUCUUGCGCGUGGAUCUGCCGAAGCCCUUGCGAAGCUUCGAGGUUGAGGGGCGCCUGGCUUAUCUGCUUCCAAAGGAGGGAAAGCUCCAGGUAGUGAACUUCCAGGGGGAGCGGGUGCAGGUAGCUCAGACCCCAAUGCAACCGAGAUGCUUCGAUGUGAAAGGUAACACUGUGUGCAUUGGAUCUGAAGAUGGGUCGCUGAUGCUGUCUCGCAAUCCAUGCCCCGAUCAUUGGAAGCGCUGGCCAUGCCCCGCACAGCUUUGCUACGAUGGAUUGCCACCCAAAGUCAUUUGGGUGACCCUUGGGGCUAAUGAGGACUAUGCCUGUGUGUGCUUUGAUGACGCCACACAUGGAGUGAUCCACUUGAGCUCGGGUCAGUACGUGGCCUUGCGCGCGGGGCAUGUGGGUGGGAUCCGCAGCAUUUCGAUGGCUCCCCUAUUGCGAGCUCCUGUCAGCUUAGCUUCGCGGGUCUUGAACAUCGAUAGAAUCUUGAAGACAAAGGCAUUGGCCUUCCUCAGCGUCGGCGCUGAAAGGUCAGGGCUCAAUCCUUCUCGGGGCUUGGGCUGCAUCGCUUGGCCCAAGCAAGGGCCGCCGGCGCGAGGGUUCUUGGAGCGCUUUCCGAAUGUCCCCUUCAGAGGCUACGAGAGCGCGGCCCGCCCAGUCUCGGACCACAUGGCGUAUCAGAGAUAUUGA